CAGCAUCCUCCUCCUGUCAGGCACGCGCACACACGUACAGCAGCCCCAGAGAACAGGUUACAACCUAGCUUUCCGCACGCGCAUCCUCACAUAAACACACGACAGCAUCAGACUUCAGCAUCUCUCGCCGUCAUUCUCUCCCGUGGACAUUGAUGCAGCUUCCUCAGAGGUCGCAGUAGCGAUUAAUCGAUCCUUGUCCUCCCCUCCUGCAUCCAAACACUCCAUCUACGCUACAAGAUGGCUGAGCUGAAUUUGGGGAAGGGACUGACGGCUGGGAAAGUGGCCAGCAACGUUCAGAAGAAGAUCACCAGAGCUCAGGAGAAGGUUCUACAGAAACUUGGCAAAGCAGAUGAGACCAAAGAUGCUGCCUUUGAGGAGUGGGUUAUCAACUUCAACAAACAAUAUACUGAAGGCUCCAAACUCCAGAGGGAUCUAAGAGCAUACCUGGAGGCAGUUAAAGCCAUGCAUGAGUCCUCCAAGAACGUGCAGGCAUGUCUGGGUGACAUGUAUGACCAGGACUGGUAUGGCAAGGACGAUGUGGAUUCAGUUUUGGAGGACUGUGAUGUGCUUUGGACAGAUUAUCACCAGAAGUUGGUUGAUCACGCUUUAAUCUCCAUGGAUACUUACCUGGGCCAGUUUCCUGAUAUCAAGGCUCGAAUUGCUAAGAGGGACAGGAAGCUGGUAGAUUACGACAGUGCCAGACAUAAUUAUGCUGCUACGCACAAGACCAAGAAAAAAGACGGGGGUAUUAAAAUAACAAAGCCUUCCACCUUGUUGGAACGGGCCACUCCAGGUUGGGCUCAGGGUAUCUUGUCAGCGCACAACCUUGCCCAGAGCAGUCUUUCUAAGAACCAGGCUGAGGAGGAGUUGGAAAAAACCCAGAAAGUGUUUGAGGAAAUAAAUCUUGACUUGCAAGAGGAGUUACCUUCACUCUGGAACAGUCGUGUUGGAUUUUAUGUCAGCACCUUCCAGAGUUUGGCGGGUUUCGAAGAGAAGUUUCACAAAGAAAUGAGUCGGUUGGAUCAGGAUUUAUAUGAUGUUCUGGAAAAAUUGGAGGAAACAGACACAACCAGUGGUAAAGAGGCUUCUAACCACACUCUCAGACCAGGAGGACCCCCUCCAAUCCCCAAAUCUCCAUCCAAGUUAAGACCAGCAGUGCCUCCGCCACCUAAGGUGACCCCAUCGAAGGAGUUAAAAACAGAGAUCAUCAUCAACCUGUUUGACGCUGCAGCAGCUCCCGACAUCAGCGUCACCUCUCCUACAGAAUUCGACAGUCCUGCCCUCAGCAGCUUGCUGGAUAUGGACCUGGAUGUUUUCAAUACAACAACCAAAGUCUCUGCUGUCGCUCAGCCUGCAAACUGGGACUCAUGGCCUGAGGACAGUGAUGCCAGGGAAGGAAAAGCCCAGAAGCACUAUGAUCCUGUUGCAGCUGCUGCAGACGCCUGGGGGGACGAUGGUAGACAACCAGUCCGCUAUGACCCUAUAGCAGCUGCCACAGAGAGCUGGGAGGAUGAUGGAACCCAAGCAGCCCACUACGACUCCAUGGCUGAAGCCCAGGAGGAAUGGGGGGAUGAUGGGAAUCAGCCAGCCCAUUACGACUCUGAUGCUGAAGCCCAGGAGGAGGGCUGGGUCGAUGACACAGAACAACCAGUCAAAGAGGAGCCUGUCAUGGAUGAAACACCAACUGAAGAGGCUCCAGCUGAUGCAGCUGAGGAGGACACCACUCAAGCAGCUUCAGAGCUGGAUUAUGAAGAGGGUCAGGGAGAGUCGCCACCAGCUGCUACGCCUGCACCAGAGGAAGAAGCAGUGACAGAGGAGGUGAACGAAGUGGCAGCAGCAGAACCAUCAGAGGUACCAGAGCCUGCAAAUGUGCCCCCAGGCUUCCUGUUCAAGGUUGAGGUGAUGCAUGAUUAUGCCGCCAAUGACACAGAUGAACUAGAGAUGAAGACUGGCGAUGUGGUGCUAGUGGUCACCUUUGAUAACCCUGACGAACAGGACGAUGGAUGGCUGAUGGGAUUCAAGCAGAAUGACUGGGAACAAAACAAGGAGAAUGCCACAAAAGGAGUAUUUCCUGAAAACUUCACCCAGAGGCUGUGAAAGAAGGAUGCCCUUCUUUUUUUAUUUCUCUAUUCCUAUUGCCUAAAUCACCUUUCCCUCUAUUCAACCCAAUAUUGUCUCUUGACAAGGACUUUGGCCAUAUAAGCAGAGCUGUCACAGCCCUGGUUGAAAUCAUGCAUUUCUAAGGUCUGCCACACUGUGGAUCUUGGCAUUUCUUUGUACGUCUGCAAACAUUUCUAAAUGAAA